AUGGAUGCUGAAUCCAAAAACAGGAAGCUUAAGGAGGCAGAGAAAUUGAGGACAAAAGGAACGUUUCCACUCAGUUUGUUUUCAUCACCAGACUACGAUGCAUCUGCAGAGAUAUUUAUGGAGGUGGGGAACAUGGAAGAGGAUUUGUCUGAAAGGGUAAGGUAUUAUGAGGAGGCGGCAAAAACCUAUGAGAUGGAGGAGGGAGAGUAUGGAAGGUACCAGGCAUCGCAAGUGUAUGAAAAGAUAGCACAGAUAUGUGAAGACGAACAUCCUAAGAAGUCGAUUGCAGCAUACAAGAGAUCUGGGAUGUAUUCUAAGCAAUGUGGACGGGAGAGUCUAGCAGCUAUAAGCUUUCAAAGGGCAUCUGAGAUAUUGAAGAAAGAGGGGGAUCUUAAUGGAUGCCUAGAAUGUCUACAGAAAGUUGCUGAAUGCUACUGUGGAAGCAAUUGGAAGCAUCAUAAGAGGAAAGUGAUGAGAGAUAUUGCAGAUGUGUACAUAGAACUUGGGAAGUACGGACUAGCUGCCAAAGUGUUUUUGAGUUUUAAGGAAAACAUAUACAACUUUUGCGCCUUUCUCUGUUACGCCAUUGAAGGAUCACCUUUAGAUCUUGAUGUUGAUGGAGAUGAAAGGGAAAUAUGCGAUGCACUUGAAAGAGACUUCAAUGAGGCUCAUAAAACCAUAGAGGAAUAUAUCACAACACAUGCAAUGAUUACAGAGGUAAGGAAAUUGCUUGAGAUUGUUAAGGAGAAACUCAAGCCCGAGAAUGACAUACUGUAG